CGGUGCUUUGCGGGUCUGGGAAGACUGGAGCGAGGAGCUGACACGGUGCAGCAAACCAGGCCCGUCCCUCGCCGUGCCGGUGGCUCCGGGAGAACCGGCCCUGCCGGGACGGCCUCGCCACGCCGCAGCCGGACGACGGCGAAGAGCCACCACAGCCCCGCGCGGCCGAGGGCGGGAACGGACGCGCAUGCGCACCUGCGCGAGGCACAGUCCCGCCUCGACUGUCAUGGCGGCCGCCAGCUGGACGGGAGUUGGGGUGGUGGUUUGCUUCCUUCUGUGUUCCCCCGGCAGGCAGGCAGACUGACCGACCGACCGACCCUUAAGGACUGGGCGCUGAGCCCGACCACCCUCUUGCCCUGUUCUCCCCUGGGGCUGGGCCCGUCCACCCCGCGCCUCAGGGGCCACUGCUGCCGCCGUCCCGCUCCGCCCCUCCCUUGCCGCCGUUGCCGCUAGGCCGGGUGCGGGCGGAGACGGCGGCUGCCAGCAUGGUGCGGUGCGGCCGGGCGGUGCUGCGGAAGUAUGGCAACUUCAUAGACGAUUUACGGCUCUAUGUCAGAGGAGGAACUGGUGGAAUGGGUUAUCCUCGUCUAGGUGGGGAAGGAGGAAGAGGUGGUGAUGUCUGGUUCAUCGCCCGAGAAAGAACUACCUUAAAGAGCAUUAAGGACAGAUAUCCCCAGAAGCGAUUUGUAGCUGGAGCAGGAGCCAACAGCAGUGUUAAAGCACUAAAAGGUAAGAAAGGAGAAGACUGUGAAGUUCAUGUGCCUCCAGGAAUUUCAGUUCUUUGUGAUGAUGGCAAGCAGAUCGGAGAGCUUAAUGCAGCAGGAGAGAGAUUCCUAGCAGCUCGCGGAGGUCUUGGAGGCUCUUUGGCCACAAACUUCAUGCCUUGCAAAGGUCAGAGGCGAAUUGUUCAUCUUGAUUUGAAACUUAUAGCAGAUGUUGGCUUAGUUGGGUUUCCAAAUGCAGGAAAAUCAUCCUUGUUAAGCAAGAUUUCUCAUGCCAAACCUGAGAUUGCAAAUUAUGCAUUUACAACAAUACAGCCUGAACUAGGAAAGAUCAUGUAUGCAGAUUAUAAGCAGAUUUCAGUAGCUGAUCUCCCAGGACUGAUUGAAGGUGCACAUGCAAACAAAGGGAUGGGCCACAAAUUUCUCAAACAUGUAGAAAGAACCAAACAGCUUCUCUUAGUUGUUGAUAUUUCUGGGUUUCAGCUGUCUGUUAAGACUCAGUUCAGAACAGCCUUUGAAACAAUAUUACUUCUAACAAAGGAACUGGAGCUGUACAAAGAGGAACUUCUAACAAAGCCUGCAGUUCUUGCCAUUAAUAAAAUGGAUCUGCCUUGUGCAAAGGAUAAUUUGAAUGAACUUAUGAAACAACUGCAGAAUCCUCAAGACUUCUUACUACAGGAAGAAAUGAUCCCUGAAAAUACACUUGAAUUCAAAGAUUUAAUUCCUAUAUCUACAUACACUGGAGAAGGAAUUGAGGAACUGAAGGCGUGUAUAAGAAAAUCCAUAGAUGAGGAAGCAGAGCGGGAGAAUGAAGAAUAUCGGAAAAAGAAACUACUACUUUUACAAACUUCAGAAGAACAAAUGACUAGAAGCUAGCAUUCUUGGCUGGAUCCAACACAUUUCAACAGUCUUAGUAUGUGCAUAAACCCAUUGCUAUGCAGACCUUCCAUUUAAUUUUUGUUCCCUCUACCACCACUGCCCAGUUUUCUGCUCCCCCCCAUUGCCUCAAUUUCUUUUGGCACAGUGGGGAAGAGUUUUUUCUGAUUUACAUUGGCUGCUGACUCAACAGAGUAAAGACCAAAGUAUGUGCAACUCAGAGCACUGCUUAACAGUUGAUGAUCCCUGGAGUAUUUUUUUGCUAGACAGGAUGAAUAGAAGGAAUGUAACCUGCAGAGGUAGCAAAGGAGCAAAUUCCACCACUCUACAUCUUUUGCCAUAGCCAUCAGAAGUACCCUGGGACAUUUGUGAUGGAGCAAUUUUCCAGGGUCUAGUGUUUCUAAGGUGAACCAGUUCUGACAUUUUGACAGGCACCAAAUUGGGGGAGGGUAUUUUUAAAGAUCUAAGGGAAAACAAAUAAAUGGCUGCAAGGAAGUGACUUGUAGCGGCAUGAAAAAGCAAGGCUGAUAUGUACUGUUGUGUGUGGCUUUUUUCACACCUGCUGGUGCCUGCUGUAGUCCUCUUGGUCAUAUAAAUCCUGAUUCCAAAUUCCCAGACUUAAUUUGGGAGUCCCUCCUUUUAUGGAGCAGCAGAUACCUGUUGCUUUUUGGUGAAGAAAAUGAUGACUGCUUUUCAACGGAGCUGUACGUUUUAGGGAAUAGUUAAUGUUCUAUUUUUUGUAUUACAAGCAGGCACACUUACAUUUUUACUUAAAAAAAAAAAAACCAACUAGAAAUCCUUUGUUGUACAGAGUGUUUUCUACUUCAAAGCUAUUAAAUUGAUUGCAAAAUAAAAUAAGACUGAAUACA